UCGAUUUAGGCUUUCUCUUCUUAAUUCGUACGGAAGGAACCUCUGGCUUUCACUCAUCGGCCGACCGUUUCCCAUUUAUCAAAAGUAAUUUUUGUUGAUAAUCAUGUCGUGAUCCGAAGUAAGACACUUUUCUUGGAUUGAUGCCACACUAAUAGAGAAAUCAACAUCAUCCUCUGGGUAGAAAUUUUCGUCUAUGCUACAAAUCCAUUUCUUUAUACAACUGGAGGCUGACGGAUGACUUAAAUCCGUUGCCCUAAUUUGGUUUUUCCUUAAUUCUUCGAGAUGCUUCUACGAUGGCCAAUGAUCGUCGUCGUUAGCACCGCCAGACAGGUGCUCCGCUCAUCGUUCCGUCAGAUUCAGUUUGCAAAUCAUCGCACAGUGUGUCCAAUUAGGCCUGCCAUUUUCAUCAUGGGUAUCCUCAACUUGAAGAACAGCGUAGCUUGUCUGUUGUUGCUUCAACUGUCAAUCAGCUACGCCAAGCCGAUGGCUGGGCGGACGGUUGAGGUUAGUGGCAAAGGCUUUACGUCAAAAACGACCGUCAACGUACACGCACGCCUAACGCGUAAUGCGACAAGUCUGAGACAAGACGUUCAACCUGAAAUCAAAGCGGAUCAUGCAUCGACUUCUCAUGGAUUUCCCAUGCAAAAAAAUGAGGAUUUCAUUGUCGGAAAACAGGAAGAGUCAUCCGCAAUUCAAAAUCCGAACGAGCAGCCGGCUUUAACAGGAGAUCCUGACAUGCCAAUUCCAUUUUGGGAUUCAACCAAAAUCGAGAAUCCCAAAGUGCAAGAGGAAUCGCCGAUUUCAGAUGACGAAGUAUCUCCACCAACUCCUCCACAACAAGACAAUUCUUCUGACGACCGCAUAAAGGAAGCCGAACGUUUGCAGAAGGUUGUUUCCGCGCUGCAUCUCAAUCGAGUGUGGAGCACAUCUGCAUCUCCUCCGAUAGCUCGCCGUGCAUUCAAUGGAAUACCGUCGGAACCUUUCGAAAGACAGCGAGCCCUCGGAUUCCCACAACUCAUUACCAACACGCUCGAUAACUUCCAUCACCAAGUUGAUUGGUCUCGAUUCUCGGCUUUCUUCUAAAUGUUUAGCGAAAGCGUUUCAUUUUUUUUGUCUUUACUGUGUGAUUGAAUAGCUUUGUUUUACGUUUUUAUCCGUUAUACUAUAACUCGGCAGAUGGCAUUAUGGUAUCCAAUGCCGCUUCCGUGAGGGUGUGGCCUUCCGUUCCUAGCUGAACUUGUGAGCUAAUUUUUCGUCUUGUUUUGCCUUGAUCUUGAAGCAAAUUUAAGUUUCAAUUCCCUAGCUAUAUACUAGCUGAAUCCAUGAUCGGUUUAGCGCCGAUAGUUGAAUGGGAACUGCCAAAUAAGUUGCUUUCAGAAACGCCUAUGUACCACGAACGCAAUUUGCUUUUAUACGAUUUCUUCCUAUUUGAAUGUUUCCCCGUUUUAGAAAAGAGGACUUGCUGGUGAGCCUGCGAAAAAGGAAAAAUUUAAAGAAAUAUACAAAUGACACAAAC